AUGGCCGACCAAGGGCACAGUGCGACCAAGCUAGCAGGAGGAAGCCAACAACCGAUCGGGCCUUCUGUAUCGCUUUCGCAGCCAGGGCCACGGCCGUCGAAAGUCACGUUGGCAGGCAAUGCUGUAACGAUAGUACCUUUGGCGGCAGAGCAUGCAGGCGAUCUCUACGACAUCGUCAAGGGGGAAGACAAAGAACAUCUCUUCACGUACCUAUUCGACAACCCAUAUCCGACAUUCUCGGCGUUCAAGGAAGCCGUCAUCACAAAGUCCCAGUCCCAGGACCCGCUGUUCUUCGCCAUUAUUGACAAUACGACCUUCAAACCCGUCGGCUGGGCUAGCUUGAUGCGAAUCGACAACACCCAUCGCGUCGUCGAAGUCGGCAACAUCCUCUUCUCGCCGAGACUGCAGCGCAGCAAAGCCGCCACGGAAGCAAUGUACCUCCUGGCCAAGUACGUGUUUGAAGAGCUCAAGUAUCGGCGGUACGAAUGGAAGUGCGACAAUCUCAACGGGCCUUCGAAGCGAGCGGCGAGCAGGUUCGGAUUCACCUUUGAGGGAGUGUUCCGGAAGCACAUGGUCUACAAGGGACGGAGUCGAGAUACAUGCUGGUUCUCCAUGGUCGAAGAGGACUGGUGGGAGAAAGGUGUUAAGAAAGGCUUUGAAGACUGGUUAGACGACGGGAAUUUUGACAGCCAAGGGAGGCAGAAGAGACGGUUGGAAGAUGUUCGAGGGGAGAUGCAGGGGCGGAGAGGGCCGGUCGUGCUGGAGUUGUAG